GGUGGGGGUAAAUUCAGGGUCAAAAUAUCAUCGACACUGAGUAAUACUCCAUUUGUCACGUUAGGGCGUGCGCCGGAGCCAUGACACGAGGCCGACGGGUAUCGAUAGUCGAAGGCUUGGAUUUGCUCACGAUGGACCGCCUCCUCACCGCUCGCUUGCUCUACUCCGCUCCACUUGCAUGCCAACUGUGUGCCGUCUUCUUUCAUGUGUCUCCUAAGAAAUGCUGUCGGCUCUGUGGGACCUUCGUGUGCCUCGACUGCGCCGAGAAGCUUCUCGUGCACGGCCAGCGCUGGACGCGAGGAGGGUUGCGCUCGAAUCCCCACCAUCCUCUCAUAGCGACAGUCUGUCUCGCGUGCUUCCAUCGCACAUUCGCAGCCCACGUGAUUGGCUACGUUGAAUCCCCCCCUGACCACCGACCCUUCAUGCAACCACCGCGCCUACCGCCAUCAAUUCGCCGGCGAGGCAGCCCGCAGAUAGAAGAUGACAUUCCAAGCAGCAACAGCAGCCACCCCCUACCACCCCAAGCGCCCCUAGUGCCUCUGCAACGUCGAGUGUGCACGCCAGUGUACGGUCAACCCGGGAAGGCAGCAUGCGGGGUGUCACGACCAUUCAGAGUUCACUUGGGACCGGUCGUUGAGUGCGCUGAUGUUAAUGGAUCAUCCGUAUAAUAUCAACCGG